CAGUAGAUGGCGCAAGUGUCAAGUUGUAUGUAAGCCUACACAUCGAGACAGUUUGCAUAGAUUAGAGCUGCCGCAAUAACUCAUUGAGUUCAUCUUUGACCUGCUGUCUUCUUCUGUACACUUAGAUAUUUUCUCGACGGUGCCACGGCUAAGUCAACUAAUGUGUAUGACCACAUCAAAAGGGAAGAAAGUAAAAAUAAUUGAAUCUGUUGCCGUACACUGGAAAAAUUUUGGGGCAUUAUUGGACUUUGAUCCCAUGGGAAAUCGCUUAGAGAUAAUUGCAGUAACUGAAAGAGAGCGGCCUGAAGAAUGCUGCCGGUCAAUGUUCCAAUACUGGCUGGAUGGAAAUGGUGUUCCUGCCACAUGGAGUACACUAAUUGACAUACUAAAGAACUGUCGUCUUAGUGUCUUAGCAGCUGAAGUGAAAGAAGCUCUCAAAACUAAGGAGGGGUCAGAAAGAGGCAGCCGUGGGACUGAAGCUGAACUCCUUAACCCCAGCUCAUUCUCUACUCUCAUGUAAUGUGUCUAGACCCUUUUUUGUAACCCCAUCCUGCAUAAUUGUAACUACAUGAACCUUUUCUGGGUGAGGUUGUUUAUGACAUGGGCAGC